AUGGACGCGGCAGCGCCCACUCCCCCGCCGGCGGGGACGGGGACGGGGACGGCGGCGGCGGCGGCGGCCGUGUUCCCGCCGUUCCCGGCGGGGUACAGCAAGUUCAACUCGGCACUCAACGCGGGACUCCUCAACCCCAUGUCGCCGCCGCCGCCGCCCAUCGACAGGAUCCGCUCCAGCCCCACGCUCUUCGAGAUGAUGGCCAACGAGCAGGACUGCCACCCCCGCAACCAGAUCCCACCGCUGCCGGCGCUCCCCGCUCCACCGGGGGCCGGCCGGCAGCAGCAGCAGCACCACCACCAUCCGCAGCUGAUGACGGCGCCGCCACUGUCGGCGCAGGAGCGCCAGCUGCUGCUGCAGGAGCGGGUGGCGGAGAUCCUCGGCAGCUGCAGCCCCGGUAACCAGCUCGGGGACCAGGAGACCGGCGACGUGCGGCUGACCCUCACCUCCAGGGACGGGCUGACGGUGUCCAUGGCGGUGCACCGCCAGGUCCUCGUUGCCCACAGCCGGUUCUUCGCCGCCAAGCUCUCCGACCGCUGGGCGAAGCAGCAGCAGCCACAGCCGGCGCCACCGCAGCGUGGCGGCGCCACCGCCGCCGCCCCCCACCACGUUAUCGAGAUCUCCGAUUGCGACGACGUCGAGGUCUACGUGGAGACCCUCCGCCUCAUGUAUUGCCAAGACCUCCGCCGCCGCCUCAUGCGGGAAGACGUCCCCAAGGUCCUCGCCAUCCUCAAGGUAAGAACCCCACCCUGCAGCCUGCGACAUCAUCUUCCCCCUCUUCUGCUGAUCGAUCACCUACCCACUCUCUUCAUCGUCAUCACCAUCAUCAUCAUCAUCCUUCAUCAUCUUCUUCUUCUUCUUCUUCUUCUUCUUCUUUGAGAGGGUAGGUGUCAUCGGCGAUUGGAUUCGACGGGGGGAUUCUGUCGUGCCUGGAGUACCUGGAGGCGGCGCCGUGGGCUGAGGACGAGGAGGAGAAGGUGGCGGCGCUGCUGUCGCAGCUCCGCCUGGAGAACUCCGGCGCGGGGGAGGUGCUGAAGAGGGUCUCCCUGGAGGUGGUCCCUCUGGCGGCGGACGAGAGAGGGACCGCCGGCACCGGCGGGGAGGAGGUCCUCGUCCGCCUCCUGCAGGUGGUCCUCGAGGGCAAGGACGAGAAGGCCCGACGGGAGAUGAAGAGGCUCGUCUCCAAGAUGCUCCGCGAGAACAACAGCGGCUGCGGCGGCGGGGCCGCCGGCCACGGCGGCCACGGCGGCGGCGAUCUGAGCAAGGAGUCCCUCUACGCCGCCUGCGAGAGCAGCCUCCGGCAGCUCCGCCACCACUUCCUCCGCGUCGCCGGGUCCGACCUCGCCGAGGCGGCGCAGAUCUCCCGGCAGGCCGACAACCUCCACUGGCUGCUGGACAUCCUCGUGGACCGGCAGAUGGCGGAGGAGCUGCUGCAAAUCUGGGCGGCUCAGGCGGAGCUCGCGGCGGCGCACCCGCGCGUUCCGGCGAUCCACCGCUACGAAGUGAGCCGCGUGACGGCGAGGCUGCUGGUGGGUGUGGGCAAAGGGCAGAUCUUGGUGGGGAAGGAGGCGAGGUGCCAGCUGCUUCAGACAUGGCUGGAGCCCUUCUACGAGGACUUUGGGUGGAUGAGGAGGGCCUGCAAGGGCCUGGACCGGCACCUGGUGGAGGACGGCCUGGCCAACACCAUCCUCACCCUCCCGCUAGGCCUGCAGCAGGAGAUCCUCCUCUCCUGGUUCGAUCGCUUCCUCAACUCCGGCGACGACUGCCCCAACAUUCAGAGGGGCUUCGAGGUCUGGUGGCGGAGGGCCUUCUGGCGGCGCAACGGCGACCCCGACCGUCCCCCGCGCCAGCUACGGAUCGUCGCCGCCACCUCGCCAUAG